AUGUUCUCAUUCCUCUGUAGUGAUUCAAUCGCCAGUCUCUCCAGUUUUUGUUAUGUUAGACCUGGGCAAACUGGCUCUCUCAAAGGCCUGUCUCACUUUCCAUCUCAUUUCAUCCGCCUGAGCCUGAGGGAUGUUCAAGGCCACCUCCUCUAUUCUGGCAAUGAUGUCCAAGUAUGGCACCCGCAUGAUGGUUCAUGUGCAUGUAAAUUUUGGUGCAAAUCCGUCGAAAAUUGCCUCCGUGCAUUCGUUACACACGCACAUCCUGCCUUUUAUCUAUCUAUCUAUCUAUCUAUCUAUCUAUCUAUCUAUCUAUCUGAAUUAUUAACUCUAUCUAUCUAUCUAUCUAUCUAUCUAUCUAUCUAUCUAUCUAUCUAUCUAUUCAGAUCUAUCUAUCUCUACCUUUUUAAUUCCCCGUCUAUCUCUCUACCUAUCUAUCUAUCUAUCUAUCUAUCUAUCUAUCUAUCUAUCUAUCUAUCGCGGUUCAUAUCUAGCUAUUAUACAUCCGCUGGCUAUUUUGAUAUAUCUAUUUUCGUUUUUGCCGGAUGUGUCACCACCGAAGUCAAUUUCCACCGGAUCUUCACCCACAAUUUCAUACAAUUAAAAUUUACACCCCCCCCACAGUCACGCACAUAA